GCUCCCGCCGAGCGGAUCAGCCGCAGAGUCUCGCCGCGCGUCCAUCGCGCGUCUUCGUGUGCCCAGGAGACCCCUCGCUUCGCGCUCCAUCCGCUCAGCCGAGGGGGCCAUGAUCCGCAGCCGCAGGGAGGUGGAGCGAUGCGUGUCCAGCCUGGAGCGGAGCGCGCACUCCCCGCGAGAGAAAAAGCUGAAGGGCCUCCUGUUUGGAAAGCUGUACUAUGAAGCCAAGGACUUUGAGGUGGCCAGGAGGCAUGUGUCCGACUACUUAACCAUCAACGAGAAAGAUCCGAAAGCACACAAGUUCCUAGGGCAGAUUUACGAAGCCGAGGGAGACAAAGUUAAAGCUGCCGGAUGCUUCAAGCGUUCACUGGAGCUGAACGGAGCCCAGAAGGAGCUGGUGCUGAAAGUGGCGGAGCUGCUGAGCGAAGGCCGCGCCCUACAGGAUGGCAGCGCUAAGUACUGGGUGGAGCGCGCUGCAAAAGUCUUCCCCGGGAACCCCGCCGUGUUCUCGCUCAAGGAGAAGCUGCUACGCAUGGGCGGGGAGCCUGAGGAGCUGGAGGCGCUGGUGCGGGAUGAGCUGCGCCUGCGGCCCCACGAGCCAGCGCUCAACGUCCACCUGACCCAACUGCUGCUCGACUCGGGACGGCACUCGCUAGUGCUGCAGCACGUGCGCUCCGUGGAUGCGUCUCCCGGCCUGCGCCAUGCCCUCACCUGGCAGCAAUGCGUCGUCUCCUCGCUGCAGGGAGUUGUGCGAGGGAGGGCAGAGGAGCGUGAGGAGGUGAGGCUGCGGUUGCUACUUGCGCUGCAUCACGUGGUGCGGCUGUCCCUGGGGACAAGAGACAUCGCAGAGGCAGUCGACGCUCUCAGAAGGUUUGAUGAGGAGCUCGGCACCGCCCUGGUGGAGGAGGGCGAUUGGAGUCCCGUGCUGGCUGAGCUCAAGGGACAGCUGUACCUGCACGCUGGCACCCUGCUGCUGCAGAUGGCACGGGACCGGCUGGCAAACUGGAGGGCAGUGGUGGACCAGGCUGCCCUGUGCUACAUGCUGUCCUACCAGGUUGACCGUAUCGAGCUGAAGUCCAAAAGCAGGGUGGUGACUGGGCAGGACAUGGACAGCCUCUCGUGCGAUCGGCUGAGCCAGGCAGGCCACAUGCUGGUGACGCUGUGUGAGGGCAAGCCGGAGGACUACCUGGUCCAGGUGGCGGAGUCGCUGGCUGGCCCCGCUGGGCAGGAUGCCCUCGUGAAGGCCGUGUACGCGGGCCAGCCGCCACCCUGCUCGCUGCUGGCGUCGGACGAUAUCCCCCAGCAGCUGCGCACGCAUGUCCCCGACAUGCACCGGCUGCUCGACUAUGACACGGGUGCGGUGGCGGAGCAUGGCGGGGACCUGCAGCAGCUGGUGUGGCUGUCCCUGAUGUGGUACGACUCGUCCGACCCACGGCCCGACCACCUCAAGUGGCUGUCGCCGCUCUUCCCCAAGAUGAGGCUGGAGACGGAGCGGCUGGAGUCGGACUCUGGGGAGACCACGGCUCUUUUGGAUAUGGAGGUGUUCUUGCUGGGCGUGACGUUUGCAGCGAACGCCCAGCUCGGGGAGAAGAUAGAAAAUCUGCGCCGAGCCGACGAGCCGCGACUGAGCCCACUGCCACUGUGUCGCCUUCUCAUCAGCGAUCGGCAGAGGCAGUGGUGGCAAGCGGUGCACAGCCUGCUCAACAGACAGGCGCAGCCGGGCACGCUGGCCAAGCUGAGGUUGAGGGUCCAGCAGGAGCUGCCGGUGCUGCGCGCACACGAGCGGCACGGGCUGCAGCCGGCGCUGCUCGUCCACUGGGCCGACACCCUCGUGCGCAAGGGCAGCGCGCAGAGGAGCAAGGCGGCCCGGCGCGACUACGUGGCGCGCGGCGCCUACUACUGGGAGAGGGUGCUCCCCUUGCUGCAGCUGGCGCGCAAGCACAAGGACAUCCCCGAGCCCAUCGAGCCGCUCUUCUGGCACUUCCACAGCCGUGACAUCCAGCCGCAAGAGGCUGACGCGUUCAUCGCAUCGGCAAAGCUGGCGCUCGGGACGCUGUCGCUUGUGCGAGAAGAAUACGACGAUGCGGUGAUGAGGUUCGAGGCCGUGGGGACCCCGCUGGCCUUCUGGAACUGUGCCCUGCUUUUCCAGAGCCUGGCGGAGGACGCAGACCCCGGUGGAGAGGAGACGGAUGGCCCGGAGGGAGAGGAGUGCCGGGCGCAGCUCCGAAAGGCCGAGGGAUACCUGCUCAGGAUCAUGCGCAUGCUGCCCGAGCACGACUGGGACGCCCCUGCGGAGGACGGCGAGCAGGCCGGGGUGAGCGUGAGCUCCGUGCGCGAUCUUCUGGAUGCGCUGCGAGCACGGCUGGAGCAGUCCCGUGUCGAACUGAACGGAGACCUCACCAAUGGUGGCGACCUCGGCAACAGCAGCGUCGCCGCCUCUAUGCGGUCAUCGGCCUCGCCCGCCAAGGCCACCACCCUCACCUCUCCACUCAAGAGCAUUCUGGGCUCCCCGCGGACCUCCCCUCGUUGGGCCCAGCAGCAGACGCACCUCCUGGAGACACUGUGCCACCAAGUGCAGGGGUUGCAGAAUGUGAUGCGCGGCCUGCAAAUGGGGACGCCUGAGGGCGCGGGUGGCGUGCAGUCUCGCAUGCACAUGGUCAUGGAGGGUGGCUACCCGGCUGAGACGCUCGCCGACUCGUAUCAGGCGCCCGCCUCCUUCCAGCAGGGCGUGCCUCUCACGGUGUCGACAGGAGGAACGUCGGCUUUUUACAACCAGUCUCCCGGCUACAACACACAGUACCUGCUACGGACCACCACGCCUGCCAAGCACCCCAACAUGUACAGCGGGAUCCCGCGCCUCACACCGCAGCAACAGCAGCCGCCGCAGCAGCAGCCACAGCCCCCCCCGCACGUCUACUCGUACCAGCAGCCCCCUGCGAGCACGCCCCCCGCACCCUCCUCGGCCCCACGCAUCUACCCCCAGGACGUGUUCAGUGGCUCUGGCUACCCGCACGGCUCUGCUUACGGCUACGACUCGGCAGUGUCCGGCAGCGUGCUGUCCCCCUAUGGUAAUCAGUUCUAUGAGCCCCCAGCCACCAGCAACCCGGCGCUGCCCGAGCCAGGAUUUUUCACCAUGCCCCCGGCCAACCGCGUGCCGGACGCACCCAGAGCUGUGGCGAGCCCCAGUCUGCAGGGCCAGCCGCCCGGGCAGUUGAUGCAGCAGCAGCAGCAGCAGCAGCCCGCCUUCCAGUUCAGCAACAAUUUCCGGUCGGAUGAUGGCGAUUAUACGUUCUCUUCGCCGGUGGGAAGGCAGGGUCCGGCUGGUUCACUGACCACGGGUACGCCCAUCAAGAUGGAACAACUGCCACAAAACGCCUCGUCACACGGCAAGCCCUUUCCUCCCUCGUCCUCCCAGGCCGGGCCCCCUCCGAGUUUGUCUCAGGACACCGCUCCGUACUUCGAUGUGAAAGCGCUGUCUGGGAUGUCUUUCGCCGACCUCGCUGCACAGAGUUUGGACAAGGAAGUCGGGUUUGGCCAGACCACGGGCGGCACAACAAACACCUUUUCCUUCAAGGACCGGGGAAGGCCGCUCUUCCAGCAGUCCACUCCGGCAAGGGGGGAUGAUGGCAGCGACGGUGAGGUGGACAGCGUCCUUGGGGAGGAAGAUGGGCCACACUUUGAGCCCGUUGUUCCUCUGCCGGACAAGGUGGAAGUGAAAACGGGAGAAGAGGACGAGGAGGAGCUGUACUGCAACCGCGCAAAACUAUUCCGAUUCGACGCCGACAGCAAAGAGUGGAAAGAGCGCGGAGUUGGCAAUUUUAAGAUUCUCUGUCACCACGUGUCAGGGAAGCUGCGGGUGCUGAUGCGGCGUGAGCAGGUCCUGAAGAUCUGUGCGAACCACUACAUCACGGCCGAGAUGACCCUGAACCGCAACGCCGGCUCCGACAAGUCCUGGGUUUGGCACGCACUCGAUUUUGCCGACGAAGUACCAAGGCACGAGCAGCUCGCGAUCAAGUUUAAAACGGCGGAGGAGGCGGUCGUUUUUAAAACCAAAUUUGAGGAGGCACAGCAGCUGCUGAAAAAUGUUGUGAGUGACGGUGACGAAGGCGAUAAACCUCUGGCUCUCGUGAAAGGCCCUUCUAAACAAAGCUCUUCUAAAUCAGCUCGAGCCGGAAGUCAAGCUCCUGUCUUCAAGAUGAUCCCGGUGGGGUUCGGCGCGAAGUUUGAGAAAAAGGAGGGCGAGUGGGACUGCUCGGUGUGCGUGGUGAGGAACAAGCCCGAUGCUGAUGCGUGCAUCGCCUGCCUCAGCGCAAAGCCUGGAGGAGGGGACAGGCCGGGGCAGAAGCCUGCAGCGUUUGCACCUUCUGGCUCUGGGAGCAGCGCCUCCUUUCCCGACUUCAAAUUCAGCACUAUCUCCGCAAGAAACGCUGUCGAGUGUCCUGGGUCUUUGGCACUUGGCUCUGCUCCCGAUUUUCGAUUUGCUUCAUCAAGCUGGCCUUUCAAGUCCACUCAAGAUAACAAAACACCUGCCGUGGCGUCGCCUGCAGUUUCCGGCAAGGGGUUCGGUGCACAGUUCGCAAAGAAAGAAGGACAGUGGGAUUGUGAGAUCUGUGUCGUUCGGAAUGACAGCAGCGCCACUUCGUGUGUUGCCUGUCAGACCCCCAAUCCCGGAGCCCCUCCAGAGAGCAAUACGUUCACCGAAGGCCUCCCGUCGCUCACCGGGGUGACGGCUUUUCAAUUUGGUUUACCGACAGAGAGCGACAAGCAAGGUUCCGGCUUUAUGCAAGCAGCGACCAGCUUUGCUUUUGGGAUGGGCUCCGAUGCAGCCACCGGAUUCAGCUUUGGUAUCGCAACUGGAAACAGCGCUGCCAGCAGCACGGCCAAGACCAUUCAGCCAGGGUCAUUUAGUUUUACCCAGGCCUCCACAACCACUCCCUCUUCGGUGGAGAGCUGCCACCAAGCUCCUGCUUUCCCGAAGCUGCUAGGAUUUGGUUCCCAGUUUUCCAAGAAAGAGGGCGAGUGGGACUGUGAAACAUGCGCAGUUCGUAACAAACCUGAGCUUGCCACGUGCGCUGCCUGCCAGACGAGAAAACCGGACGCCACCACAAGUAUUCCACGUUUGGCAGAGAGCAGCCAAGCCUCUGCCGUCAGGAACCUGACAGGAUUUGGUUCGCAGUUUUCCAAGAAAGAGGGCGAGUGGGACUGUGAAACUUGCGCAGUUCGUAACAAACCUGAGCUUGCCGCGUGCGCUGCCUGCCAGACGAGAAAACCGGACGCCACCACAAGUAUUCCACGUGUGGCAGAUAGCAGCCAAGCCCCUGCCUUUGGGAACCUGACGGGAUUUGGUUCGCAGUUUUCCAAGAAAGAGGGCGAGUGGGACUGUGAUACUUGCGCAGUUCGUAACAAGCCUCACCUUGCCGCGUGCGCUGCCUGCCAGACGAGAAAACCGGACGCCACCACAAGUAUUCCACGUGUGGCAGAUAGCAGCCAAGCCCCUGCCUUUGGGAACCUGACGGGAUUUGGUUUGCAGUUUUCCAAGAAAGAGGGCGAGUGGGACUGUGAUACUUGCGCAGUUCGUAACAAGCCUCACCUUGCCGCGUGCGCUGCCUGCCAGACGAGAAAACCGGACGCCACCACAAGUAUUCCACGUGUGGCAGAGAGCAGCCAAGCCCCUGCCGUCAGGAACCUGACGGGAUUUGGUUCUCAGUUUUCCAAGAAAGAGGGCGAGUGGGACUGUGACACUUGCGCAGUUCGUAACAAGCCUGAGCUUGCCGCGUGCGCUGCCUGCCAGACGAGAAAACCAGGCACUCAACCAACAGAGAAACCUCCAGCACCUUUAACCGGGUUCGGACAACCCAGCUCCGGGUUUGGAUCGUCAAUGUCUGGUUUCACGUUCGGCACCUUGACUGCCAAGUCUGAUGAAUCGGGCUUCAGCUUUGGUUCGUUGGCUCCUGUGGCUGGCCAGGCGAGCGCUUUUAAAUUUGCCACGCAGGAGGGGAAAGAGAGGAAAGGGCCUUGCCAACCAGGGUCCGCAUCGCUCCUGCUCAAGAUUCUUGCAGAAGAUCACGAGAGAGCGGAGGUUCCCAACUCAAGUGGCCCUGUCGGAGGGCAAGGCUUCUCUGGUGCCAUUCUUUCAGAUUUUAAGCCGAUGAGCGCGGACGGAUUCCAGGGCUUUUCCGGCACUUCUUUUGCUGAUCUGGCGACGGCCCAGCCCCUGGAGUUUGGAAAGAAUCAGUCGAGUUUUUCCAACUUUCCCAGCAUUGGGAAGGCGCUGUUUGGCGUGACUGCCGAUGCCGAUACGUCAGGACAGGAGGACUCUAACGAAAUGUACAAGACGGAGGAAGACGACGAGAUUCAUUUUGAGCCCGUGGUGCAAAUGCCCGACAAGGUGGACCUCGUCACAGGAGAGGAGGAGGAGGAAGUGUGCUACUCUCAGCGAGCCAAGCUGUUUCGCUUCGACACGACCGUGUCUCAGUGGAAAGAGAGGGGCGUUGGAGACAUUAAAAUCCUGCGGAACAAGCAGACGGGCAGAACUCGCAUACUGAUGCGACGCGAGCAGGUGCUGAAGGUGUGCGCCAACCACUGCAUCACCACUUCCAUGAGCCUCAAUCCCAUGAAGGGCUCCGACCGCGCUUGGGUGUGGGUGGCCAACGAUUUCUCGGAGGGGGAGCCCAAGGUCGAGCAGCUCGCCGUAAAGUUCAAGACUCCUGACGUCGGCGUCGAGUUCAAGGCGAAGUUCGAGGAGUGUCAGCGGGGCCUGUUGGACAUGCCUCUGCAGACACCGCACAAGCUUCUGCAGACGGGCAAGGCCGCGGAACUGAUCCAGAAAGCGGAGAAGAUGAAGUUUGAGCUCAAGGGCUUCAAGGAGCAGUUCUCCGCCUUGGACAACAAAUCCAAGCAGGCGGCAAGCGACGGCCACGCCGUGGUGACGUCCACCCCGACCGGGGGCACGCCAGCGGCCCUGCGGCCGGGCUCUCUGUCGGAGUGCGUUGUCCCCACGCUCGAGUGGGACGACUAUGACCUGCGCGAGGGAGCAUCCACUUGCGACACCUCUGCGGGCACCUCCCUGCUCCGAUCGCCGCCACCGCCGCAGGCGCCCGACAAACACGACCACUCCGCGUCGGACAAGCUGCCCUUCCGCUUCGGGGAGACGGCCGCCGGCUUCAACUUCAGCUUCCAGCCCAUCGUGAGCCCCGGCAAGUCGCCGGGGGCCCACCAGCACCGGAACUCCACCAACGAGGAGAACGAGGAAGAGGAGGAGGAGAGCAAGGAAGAGGAUAACCUGCACUUCGAGCCCAUCGUGCCCUUGCCCGCGCUGAUAGACGUGCGCACGGGAGAGGAGGAGGAGCAGGAGGUCUUUGUCCACCGGGCCAAGUUGUACCGCUACGACCGCGAGGCGGCGCAGUGGAAGGAGCGUGGGGUGGGCGAUGUGAAGCUGCUGCAGCGGCUGGAGGACGGUCGCGGGCGGCUGCUCAUGCGGCGCGAGCAGGUGCUCAAGAUCUGCGCCAACCACUGGCUCACGGCCGACACGCGGCUCGAGCCCAUGCGCGGCUCCGACAGGGCGUGGGUGUGGAACGCCCUGGACUCGUCGGACGGCGAGCCGCGGAUGGAGCACCUGGCGCUGAGAUUCAAGCAGCUGGAGACGGCCGUGGUGUUCCGCCAGGCGGUGCUGGACAUACAGGAGGCGCAGGAGACGAGGCAGCUUGUCCCGCCGGUGCAAUUUGCGCCGCCGACCCCCACGCGCGUGCUCUCCGUCUCCGAGUCGGCGGAACCCGACAAGGGAACAGGGCCCGCCGAGGACAACGAGGGGGACGCCAUCACCGAGGUCGAUGAGCCGUCGUCGCCACCCCGCCCGGAAAUGGGCGGCGGCUCGGAGUCGACGCCCAGCCCGGCCAAGUCGGUGAUCUCUCCCGCCAAGUUCUCGUUCGGCUUGGAAGCGCUGCAGAGCCUGUUUACGUCCGACAAGCCAGCCGGUGGUGACGCAGGAAAACCCAUCGCUGGGUUUGACUUCAGCACCAAUAAACCAGGGCCUACUCUGGCCACGAAAUUCACUUUUGGCUCCUCCGGCAUGGCCAACGACGCACCUGGUAGUUCGCCUUUCAGUUUCCUGAAUUCUGCAGGUAAGGCGACUUUCAGCUUCGAGCCUCAGCGUUCGUCGAAGGAGCCGACCGCAGCGUCAAGUUUUGACUUCACGGCUUCACCGUUUUCCUUCGCACCUCCCGGCGGCGGCGACGGUAGCGAUGCGGGGAGCGAUGGCGCUCAGUCCUCGCUGGCUACCAAGAUUGUCAGCAAAGGCCUCCGAGGGGCCUCCCCGACCACCGCGACCGGCAGUGGCAGCUGCUUUGCGUUUCACCUCCCACAGCAAGCCACGACAAGCAGCGGUGAGGAAGAGCAAACUCGGCAACCCAAGGUGGAAGAGGAGGAUGAGGAUGAGGGAGGCGAGGUGGAGGUGGUGUGGGAGCUCAGCCCCAAGGAGGAGCAGAGAGUCUUGGCGGAGUUGCUGCUGCUGCCCGCGACGUUCUUCUGCUACAAAAACGAGCCCGGCUACACCAGCGACUCCGACGAGGAAGAUGAGGAUUUCGCCACUGCCGUCAGGAACCUGAAGGGGAAGCUCUACCUGGAGAGGGACUCUGAGCACAGGAGGCCACGUGUGGAGGCUCCACGCGCCACCACCUGCGGUGGCCACGGCGUUGUCGUCGUCGAGGCAGCCGCCAACGUUCCCGAGCAAGAGCAGCGGCCGGCACAGGAGGCGGAAUCGGCGAGCCGCCCUGAAGCCUCGACUCCAGCGGAAGCUGACCCCGGCGCACGCUCAGCCACGCCGCCUCACCGGGCUGCUGUGGGGGCACCCGUGGAUGUGAAGAUGACCGUGCAGGCUUCACGGCCUGGCCUCCUCCCCACCCCUCCCGCCGCAGCGGACGUGAAGGGGGAUGCUGCUUCGCUGGUGCAGGAGAGCCGCCCCCGCACGGCGGCGGUUGCGGAUGAGGAGGUCGUCUUUGCCGGUCAGCUGAGCCCCACGGAGGAGCAGCGAGUCCUGGCGCAGAACCUGCAGCUCCCAGCCACCUUCUUCUGCUUCAAGAACCUGCCCGGAUACACCAGCGACUCUGGAGAGGAUACAGACGACUACGAAGAGGCUGUGAAUCGGCUGCGCGGGAAGCUGUACAAGGAGGAUAGCAGAUGCCAGGAGCAGCAACAGCAGCAGCAGGAUCAGCCGCAGGGACCCGCAGCGCAGAUGCCUGGCGUGGGAGAGAUGAAGGUGGAGCGUUGUGAAGAGGUCACCACCGUGGACCGCCCCUCGGCCUCCCCCGUUCCAGGCGGAGCCUCCCCCGCUCCCGUCGCUCCGGAAAUGUUUGCCACGACACAGGAACCAGACAGGGCGUCUCCCCGCCCCUCGUCGCCACGCGCAGCCGACACCCCGGACGCGGGAACCCAGUCGGAGGAGAUGGAGGCAACGUCGGGGGCGCUCAAGUUUUCCACGUUGCGGUGGGGCGCCCACAUGCGUGACGGCGCGGGGAGCGGAAACUCCUGGGCACUCCCGCCCAUCUCCACAGUUGACACGCCGUCGUCCUCGUUUGCCUCUCUGGCCUCGCAGGCCGCGACUGAAGCCUUCGUGCACAGUUCUGGAGAAACCCUGCAGUCGUUUGCUUCCCUCGCCACGCAGACGAGCGCGGCGAGCACGGCGAGCGUGGCGAGCGCGGUGAGUGCGGAGACCCCGUUCAGCACAACCACAGGUGAAGCGCGCUUGCUCUUCGAGUGCCCCAGGGGAAGUGAGAUCAGCUUUUCCGACCUCGCUUCCAAGAGCUCGGACUUUCUCUCCGAUAAGAAAGACGCAAACUUCUCGUGGGCGGGCGCCGGAGCGUCCGUGUUCGGGGCCGCGGGGAUCCAGAAGAAGCGCGAUGGGAGGAAGGAAGAAGAAGACGCGGACGAGGGGGGCGAGGAGGAGCAAGAGGAGGACGACGCUCGCGAGUCCAGCGAUGACAUCCACUUUGAGCCACUCGUCUCGCUGCCUGAGGUGGAGGUGCGGUCGGGCGAGGAGGAGGAGACGAUCCUCUACAAGGAGCGUGCCAAGCUCUUCCGCUGGGACCGCGAUGCCUCCACGUGGAAGGAACGUGGCGUGGGCGACAUCAAGGUGCUGCACCACGAAGCUCGGGGCGGCUUCCGGGUGCUGAUGCGGCGCGAGCAGGUGUACAAGGUGUGCGUCAACCACGCCAUCACGGCCGAGCUGCAGCUGACGCCCAUGCAGGCCUCCAACAAUGCCUUCGUGUGGAUCGCCAACGACUACUCCGAGGGCACCGGGAGGAUGGAGCAGUUUGCCUGCAGGUUCAAGACUCCGGAGCAAGCGAGAAUCUUCCUGGUGACGGUGCACGAUUGCCAGGAGCGGCUGAAGGCUCAGAGCCAAGCGGCGGACGCCCCCCCCGGCGCUACAACGGAAGACGCCCCCCUGGAGGUCUCCAGUGAGACCAACCCCACGGUGUUCCUCGACGUGGCGGCCGACGAGGAGCCGCUGGGACGGAUCUCCAUCGAGCUCUUCGCCAACGUCGUGCCGCGCACUGCCGAGAACUUCCGAGCGCUGUGCACGCACGAGCACGGCUUCGGAUACCGCAACUCCACCAUCCACAGGGUCAUCCCCGGUUUUGUGUGCCAGGGUGGAGACUUCACGAACCACAACGGCACCGGCGGCCGCUCCAUCUACGAGAAGCCGUUCGAGGACGAGAGCUUCAGGAUUCUGCACUCGCGCGCCGGCAUCCUUUCCAUGGCCAACUCGGGCCGCAACACCAACACGUCACAGUUCUUUGUCACGCUGCGUGCCACCCCGCACCUCAAUCACAAGCACGUGGCUUUCGGCGCCGUGCGGUCCGGCAUGAGCAUCGUGCGCGCCAUGGAGGAGCUCGGCUCUGAGUCGGGCAACACCACCAAGAAGAUCGUCGUCACGGACAGCGGGGAGGUCGCGCGUGACCCCUGAGGGUCUCGUCGCGUGACACCCGGUUGACAGCGCGUGAACUUGCUGUCUCGCUCUCCUCUGUAGAACCUCUUAUUUAAAAUAAGUUUCCUGCAAAUGUCGCGGGCUGCACCCCCACCACCCACCACCGUAAUGGAACAAGCGAGAUCGCUGCGCCUCGUAUUUCCUGCUGCUCGUGUAGCGGCAGAUGUCUCACUGAAGGCAAACGUGUUAUCAGCGCACCAAGUUAUAUCGUGUUAGUUGGCUACAAUAUUUCGGGAAUAAAAAGGAUGCAGAGAAUAGGGUUGUGCAUAAACGCUAUGAAGUUAAAUCCACCACUGUGAAUUACCUAGUUUUUUUCGCUGGCGAUCAAUAUUUGAGCAGAGCCAGCUAACCUCCGAGGUGACCAUGACCCUGAGAGCCGUUCUUUGAGCAGCUGAGUCACACAGUUCUGUGUGCAGUGGGACAUUAAACAAGCUCCCGAGUAAAUUUUCUAAAGUUCAGAAGUGAUCACAAGUAGAAACCUUGAGGAAGCUCCUCAUUAACACGAGCAGGGUGCACUGCUGUCACGCUUCCCUUGUCUGCCCUGCAAUUCCUGUUGUCCCAAAGUCUUUAGCUCGAUUUGUAGCGUUGAUUAAAAUUGAAAUUUAAUAUUUUGUAAAUCAAAAAUGAAGUUUGUGUUUCUGGCAUGUUCAUUGUGGAAAGAUGGGAACUGGUUGUGAGCUCCUGAGCGCUUUGUGUGCAAUUUACUUCAUCGGCUCGGCUACACACAUCAGUGGUGAAUUGCGCCCUUUGUAGUAAUUAGUGGAAUCCAUGGAAGCACAACCAUGCGUUGAUGAACAUCAUUGAUUUUCGGUGUGCUCGUUUUUUGGCGUUUCGAUAUGUUUAUGUGAAAGCCUUGGUUUUUCUCAAUUGUGCCAGAGGUAAUGGAGAGAGUAGGUGCCCCCUGUGCUUGUGGUGGUGGCGAUGGCGAGAGACUUGGAGCUGCUCUAGCGGCCAUGACGCUGCGGGGGCGACUUGGUAGGGCGAGCGUGCCCGGGUCCAUCGCCUGUUGUGCCGGCAGCGCCAGCAUUGGGCCUGAAAUCACGAGGGGUGUCGGCCGUGCGGAGUUUGUCUCUGUGAGGAGUGCGUGCGUGAUCCUAGCUCGACGUCGACCCCUCCAUGUGGUCCGUGCCUCUGGAUAUCCGUGGACAAAAAUAUCGCGUUCCUUCAGCUGUGGCUGCAUGUGAAUGCCCGGACAUCCAUUGGUCACGGAUGCAUGACCUAAACAGAGGAGUGAAAGUCGUCACUUGUCACUCCCCAAAGAUUGCGCUGCCCGUGCAGGCUCGGCCGCUGUGUCGAGAUUUGCGCAAGCUGGGAUGAGUUGAAGGCACGUGCCUGGCAGUGAGCACCCUGUGGUGCUGCGCCCAAGUGGAAACGCACCGAGCAGCGCUCGGUGGAGGAACAAACGCGCACCCCAUCGCACCCUUCAAUACGGUGGCACCCUCCAUUGAAGCUGCUACGCCUGCUAGAUAGCGUAAACCACGUUAGAGCCUUUGAUGCUGUUAAAUUUACACUUGCGUAAUGUAAUAUGACGUAAAUGACAAUGUAAAAUAUGUGUGCCCCCCCCCCCCCCCCCCAUGAGGCUUUGGGUUAUGGGGGUUGAGAGGACACUGAUCUGUUUGAAUUUGGCAGUGAAGUUGGUGUCGCGCGUGCACCGAAAUUACCAUGCACGCACGGUUUAUCUUUAUUCACAGACUCUACCUCUCGCUGCGUUCUAGUUGACACGGAACUCCAGUGUGUCCAAUGCUAGCAGGUUUGGCGGCUUUGAGCAGAGCGUUCGUACGUCUGCGCAUUUGGCUGUUGAGUGUUUUGAUAUUUAGUAAGGAAUAAAGCCGAUAUUGCUAGUUUGUGUGGAUGUGGAGGAGUGUUCAGC